CCUCAAGCAAAAGGUCACCAUCCACCUACAAAGAUAACGGCCCCCCUUCCUACAUUUGACUACAGAACAGGUAUCUAUAGAUGCAACAAAAGAGGCUGUCUCAACUGUCAGUCCAUCACUCAUGGCAGAUCACAGGUGUUGGACUCCCAGGGCAACAGCUAUCACAUUCGUCAGUUUAUUACGUGUGCAACUGACCUCAUCAUAUACAUCCUCACAUGCCCGUGUAAGCUCCUAUAUGUAGGCCGAACCACACGCCCUCUACGCAAACGCAUAGGGGAGCAUAGAAGACUCAUAAGAGACGGUUGCGAUAAGCAUAGUGUCCCCAGGCACUUUUUGCUCUCAUCAAAAGAAUUUCAGUCUUCUUGAGGUCUUAGCAAUCGAACAUAUUCUAAAGGGUACAUUUAUGACAAUGAAAGAUUAGUCCGUCUAUGUAAGAGAUAGACGUUCUGGACCUACAAGUUAGGUUCUAUGACCCCCAAUGGUCUCAAUGAGGAUCUUGAAAUCCAUAGCAUUAUCUAA